UUUCUUGUUUCUUUUCAAGAUUUUAGAUUACUGUUGACACCUCUGGUUCUAUUACAUAUCAAAUCAUCUCUACAAUUCCUUUUAAGGGUUUCGCAGCACACACGUUCUUUUCAAAUGGGUGUCUUCAAAUAAACAAAUCUGUGAGUUAUCAGGCAUAAAGUUGAUAUCUUUAAUCUCAAGACGGCUGUAUUUGUCGGACGUUUUCUAGGGCUUCAAAGGUUAGAAGUUAAAGAUCAUAUACCAGCGAAGAAACUGGACAGUGUUGGUAUUGCAGAAACAGGAAGUCAUGGAGUUCUGGGUGGUUGCAGCAGCUACAGGUGCUGGUUAUGUGGCCAAACACUGGCAGAACUUUUCAGGGGGGAAAAAUAGCCCGUUGCAGCUAUCGCCUGUGUCAUCACCACGAGUGCAGCCAGACACAUGCCAACUUUUGGGUAUAUUGCCUGACUCUGUUUCUCCAUUGCCAAAGUUAGCAAAAAGAUGCUUGUUGGAAGGAGAUGUUUCUUCACCUGAGGAUGGACAUAUCAAAAUGGGGAUGAAUCCUCAAGAUAACACAGAUGAAAUCAUUGAAAAAUAUGAGUACUGUGACACUUCUGGCCAUUAUCUACAUGAAUUCAGAACCAAGAACUCGAAUACAAAAGCCUGGUCAAGCCUAAGACCCUUAGUGGUAACCAGUAAUAGCAUUGAUUUUCAAAAAAAGUUGACAACACAGGCUGAUGAUGUGAAGGAUCAUAAGAUCAUGUUUAUGGAAGAAAAUGGAGGAUCUACAGAAUCAGAAUUAUAUGAACCAACCGGAUUAGUAAGACUUCGAAGAAGACCAGAACAAAAAUAUGUCAAGAAUUCUGAAACAAGAAAUCUUCAUUCAAAAGACAACGACAUGGUGUCCUUGUUCCUUGGGAUUACCAUCGGCAUAUUGUCAACUACUGUGACUAAUCAACGCGAAGUCGGGCAUCUAAAUGAGUUGCUAGAACAAGCUGAGAAUAUGGUUCAAGAUUUACACAAGAAACUAGAAAUAAAAGACGGGUUUACCAGAAAAGAGCAUGGCACCGAGGCAGAUGGAACUUCAAUCGAUAACUCAAACACUGGUAACUAUGAGUUAACGAGUGACAUCGAGGCAGAGCUUGAGGCUGAGCUUGAGAAGUUGGAAGAGAAUAUCAAGGAUAGCAACCUGCAAAGAUUGUCUAAUAUAGUAGAGAUAGAUUCAGACUUUGAAGCAGACAUGGCUAGGGGAGAUUUAAACAUAGGUUCACUCAGCUGGCAACUUGAUGGCCAAUCUGAAUCAGACCAUGAUGACAAAAGGGAAAAAAGUGAAAGCACUGGGAAGGGUGUGUUCACUCCAAAUUACACUGUUUCAUCACUGGAUCUACGGUUACGUCUUCACGAAGUGAUCGAGUCAGAACUCAGAGGAUGUAUUGAGGAGCUGGAGGCGGUUCUCAAGUAUCAUAACAGCCAAAGUAAGCCCCAUUCUCCAGAACCACAAGAAGAAAGCUCUUUCUGGGACUUUGACCACACAAGGAUUGAAUCUUCUUCAUCAACCCCUUAAGCUGCAUAAAAGAUUAUAAAAUACAACCACAGAAGUACGAUGCAUGCAGAAAAGGUACAACAUAAAUAGAUGAAAAAAUGAGAAAGAAAUAUAUAGAUCAGCUGCGACUUUUUUCCAGAUAAGGAUGAUGAUAAUGUUAUAUUGUAUUUUUUAUCAGAAAAAAAAAAAAAAAUCUACAGAGGGAAAACUUUCUUA